AUGUUCACCAAGACUCUCGUUGUUGCCGCCCUGGCCGCGGCUCCCGCUUUUGCUGCUCCCGAAGUCAAUGUCUACUGGGGUCAGACCGCCGGCUCAAGGCUUUCCACCUUCUGUGAUGCUUCUGGAUUCGACUAUGUUACCGUUGGUUUCCUCAACAAGUCCCCCUCCCAGGACCCCUCGGGAGCCAACUGGCCGGGUACCAACUUUGGAAGCCACUGCGAUGGAGUGUACUACAAGUACAACGGUGCCAACACCAACGUCCAGUCCGACUGCGGAAAGAUCGCUGCCGACAUCAGAUACUGCCAAAAGAAGGGCAAGAAGGUCCUUCUCUCCAUUGGUGGAGAGUGGAAGACGACCGCCAACUACGACCUCAGCAACGAAGCCGAAGGACGUCGCUUUGCCUUGUUCGUGUGGCAAGCCUUCGGUCCUCGCAUCGCCGGCUCCACCGUCCCAAGACCGUUUGAUGAUUACUACCUCAAUGCCGAAGAGGGCGAGGAGAACUUCGUCUUUGAUGGGUUUGACUUCGAUAUCGAGAAGAGCUACGACGCAAACCAGUCAAAGGGCUAUAUCGCCAUGAUUAGCAGUCUGCGCCAGUUCAUGGCGACACCACAACUCAACCCAAACAACCGCCAGUUCCUGAUUACCGCCGCUCCCGAAUGCCCUCUGAACGAUCCGUAUUACAAGAUGAAGCACAUCAUCAAGAACAGCAAGUUUGACCUUUUGUUCGUCCAGUUUUACAACAACCCAGGAUGCCAUGGCGUCACCAACAACAACUUUGACACUUGGGCCUCGCAUCUCCAAUCGACCGCCAGCAGUGGUGCAAAGAUUUUUAUUGGAUUGCCUGGAAGUACCAAUGCUGUUCAAAACGGUGAGGCGAGUGGCUACCUCACGCCCACCAACCUCCGAACUGUCAUCAACAAGUUCAAGGGCAGGGCUGCAUUUGGUGGUGUCAUGAUCUAUGAUGCCACCUAUGGCGCGAGCAACAUCGUUUCAGGCUCCAGCCCAGCUGGAUUGAACUACUACCAGUAUGCUCGCAGCCUUUUGGGUGGCUACACCCACACCGUCACGCCCCCGGCUCCCACACCGACCGCUUGCGUGCGUGAGUAUAGUGUCAAGUCUGGUGACUACUGCUAUCAGAUUGCUGCCCGUGCCGGUAUUGAUCUCAGCGAUCUCAAUGCCUUCAAUCCUGGUCUCAACUGCAACAUCCUCGGACUUGGGCAGAAGCUUUGCAUCAAGCGUGGUAUCCCCAAGCCUACCAGCUCCAGCUCCACCAUCCUGAGCACCACUUCUUCCACCACUGUGAGCAGCACCACUGUCAGCACUACCGUCUCCUCCACCGAGACCAGCACUACUACCGUCUCCUCUACCGAGACCAGCGCCACCUCUACCGAGUCCAGCACCAUCUCUACCGAGUCCAGCACCAUCUCUACCGAGUCUGCCACUGAGUCUGCCACUGCCAGCGAGACUACUACCGUCUCCUCUACCGAGACCAGCGCCACCUCUACCGAGACCAGCACCACCUCUACCGAGUCCAGCACCAUCUCUACCGAGUCUGCCACUGAGUCUGCCACUGCCAGCGAGACCGUCACCGAGACUGAGACCAUCACUGCCAACGAGCCUGACAUCACCACCACAACCGUUGAAACCUCUGCUGAGCCUACUGGCAUCACCUACACUGAGGAUUUUACCAGUACUGAGACUGAGAGUGUGACCGUGACCGAUAUCAUCCCGACCACCACAAGCACCAUCUCUACCGAGUCCAGCACCGCUGAGUCUGCCACCGAGUCUGCCACCGAGUCUGUCACCGAGUCUGUCACCGAGUCCGCCACUGUCACCGAGACUGAGACCAUUACCACCAGCCCUACUCUCACCGAGUCUGCCACUGCCACCGAGACUGCCAGCGAGACUGAGAGCUAUUGCGAGGAUGACGAGACCACCACCAGCGAGACUACCACUGCCACCGAGACUGCGAGUGGAACAGAGACCGUCACUGCGACCGAGUCUGCUACCGAGUCUGCUACUGCCAGCGAAGCCGAGACCAUCACCGCCAGUGCUACUCUGACCGCUAGCGAGACUGAGGUUACUACUGUUAGCGAGACUGCCACUGAGACUGAAAGCUACUGCGAGGAUGAUGAGACCACCGAGACUGCCACUGCCACCGCUAGCGAGACCGAGUCUGCUGUUGUCAGUGGGACUGAGACCGCCACCGCCAGCGAGACCGAAACUGUCAUCGAGACCGCUACCGCCAGCGAAACUGAGGCCGUCACUGAGACCGUCACUGCCAGCGAGACCGAGUCUGCGAUUGAGACCGUUACAGCCAGCGAAACCGGGUCUGUUAUUGCCAGCGAGACAGAGUCUAGCAUCGAGAGCGCUACCGCUAGCGAGACCGGGUCUGUUAUUACUAGCGAGACAGAGACUCUCCCCGCCAGCGAGACCACCACUGACGGCCCCGUCAUCACACCCUCGGAGAGCUUCACCACCUCCACCAUCUACUCCACCACCACCUUCACCGUGACCUCGUGCGAGCCCUCUGUCACCUCCUGCCCCGGCCGCGUCGUGACCAAGACCAUCGCCAUCGGCACCACCGUCUGCCCCGUCACCACGACCGACGCUCCCGUCAUCACCUCUUCCUCCUCCCUGCCCGCGGGUUACACCACCUCAACCAUCUACUCCACCAAGACCCUCACCCUCACCUCGUGUGCUCCCACCGUGACGAACUGCCCGGCGGGUAGCACCACCACUGUCGUCGUCCCAAUCGGAACAACUGUCUGCCCUAUCUCCGAGGCGGAGGCCACUUCUACUCCUGUCCCCGCUGUUCCAGGCGUGGAGACUAGCUCCAAGCCAGCAAUCAAGGUUAUUACUGAUGUCCCUGCUGAGGAGGAGACGACGACCUCCACCACGACCUUCGUCCAGCAGUUGACUACUAUCAUCACUGUGCCCAAGCCUGAUGUCACUGCUACUUCCAAGCCUGCCGGUGGCGACGAGGGAGUUGUUGUCAAGCCUACGCCCUCGGGUGGAUUCCCUUACAGCAGUGGGUAUGUCAAGCCUAUUGCUUCAGCUACGCAGCAGCCCGUGACUGCUGGGGCGGGGAGGAAUGGGGUUGUUUUGGGAGGUGUUAUUGCUGCUGCCCUUGUCUUGGCUUUUUAA